AUGGCCAAGCUGCAGUUAGCUGAGGUAGCGUUGACCCAUAGAGGCGUAUGCAGGCCUGAGACUGGCCUUGCAUGGGAAUCAGAAUCCUCACGGAAGAUGCUUCUCCAUAUGAGAAGUUCUGAUUCCUUGGCACAAUCAGGAACCCUUUUCAUUGCAUCACACUGACCAAAAUGAAUGAAUCUGAAUCAGUCCGAGGAGGUGUCCUCUAAACACAGGGAGAGAGAGGUAGAGAUAGAGAGAGAGAGAGAGAGAGCGAUGACGAAGAAGAAGAAGAAGAAGAAGAAGAAGAAGAAGAAGAAGAAGAAGAAGAAGAAGAAGAUGCUGAUGCUGAUGCUGAUGCUGAUGAUGAUGAUGAUGAUGAUGAUGAUGAAGACUCCAACAUACAUGAAUGA